AUGGAAAACUACACGCGACCACUUUCUAAUUCUUUUGAGAAAAAUGUUUUACCGAAUUCCAUAAACUCUCCAGAAACGAUUCAUAGAGAAACAAUACAAGAAUGGCACGAGAUAUUAAGUGAAUUUAUAAUCAAAGUCGGUCUAGUAGAAACUAAUAGAGCAUUAGAAACUGAAAUGCUCGUAUUUCCUUCUGCAAAACGAAAACAAAUGUCAACACAUGUUGAGUGGCUUGUGCAAAAAUUAAGUGCUUGUAUGUCUAAUAUUGAAGCCGACUGCUCAUCAAACAUUUCAAAAAUUACGGGCAAGAGGAAAAUAGAAUGUGGUGGUGAUGACAAGCCUGCAAAGCGAAUUCAAAAAAUUGAUACACAACAAGUUCAAAUAAGGGCUACUCAUUCUGAGAUUGAACAAAGAAUUGAAGCCUUUAUGCAACAAAAAAAAUCGGAAAUUAACGAUAGUAAUCGUUCAGAAUUUCUAAGGAAAUCACACGAUCCCAAUGAUAACGAGGCAAUUCCGCUGAAUGUUUAUGAACGUUUACGAGUAUUAGAAGCGAAAAUUAUGCAGCUAGAGAUUGAUCAUCCGCCUUGGGCUGCAGUUCAUUUUAAUCAACCAAAUCUCCAGUAUGCAACGCCGCCACCAAUGACCAAUAUUAUACGUAACGAAAAUAAUGAAAUCGUUUUGUCAAUGACAAAUGAUUCGUCAAAAAAUUCACAAUCACCAAAUUCACUAAAUUUAUCGUCAACUGUCUCCAUUCAAUCUUCUCCAAAAAUCGACAUCAAAAAAUCCUCUUCCUCACAAAAGUUAAAACAGGUUUCUGAUACAAUUCAAUUGAAAGGACGUGCAAAUUCAUCACUUACGCGCUCAAUAAUUCAACAGUUGGAACAGGCAAAAAAGAUGAAGCAGCCAGAAAGUGUGUCAGAAAAAGAACGAGAAUUGGCUUCACAAUAUUCAUCAGAACAUAUAAAUAAUAUAUCGACGACGCCUUCGUCUACAAACCCUGCAAUGACGCCUCCAAUAAUAACUACAAAUGGAUCACAAAAUAUAGAAGCAUCUUCUAUAAAUAAAAAAAAUAUUCAAGAGACAUUACCAAGCGUUUUCAGCUCCAUGGAAAUUGCUUCAACUUCAAAUAAACAAAAUAACAAAUUAUCAAAAAUAAAUCCAGCAGACAAAGAAUCAGCAAUACAUCAAAUCAACUCUCAUACUAGCAAUAGCUUCUUGAAAACAAAUAAUGAGCUUCAAAGUAUGACAUCAUCCACUAUUAAUCUUUCACCAUAG